GGACACCGCCCGGGGGCCGGGGAUGGGAACCCAGCCGGGCUUGCGGAGGGAGCUCUGGCUCUUUGCCCCCCAGCCCUGAGAUGGUCGUGUCCUGUGCGAAAAGCCGGGGUAGAGAAGGGAAUCGUGAGCGCUGGGAAACACCGCCGAGGUCUUCCAGUCCAAACUUUAGCCGAAUUGGUGAUUUGUGCUCCCAGGCACAAGGUGGGCCGGGAGGUGGCAAAGUGGGGCAGAGCCUGGCAGGUGGCACCUUCACCCUCUCCAUCCACCUCACUCUUCAGAUCUCCCCUCAAUCGCUGCACCAUACUCGAGUCAGAGUCAGUGUUUCUGUCCGGAGACACGGGUGUUGCUGGAUAUGGGUAAUUUGUUCCUCUGAUAAGUGAAUUAUAGCACAGUGCCUUCUCUGGGACUCAGCUACAGGCCCCCAUCCGGUUUUCCAAUGCAGCUUCCCUGGCUUUCACAGCGAUAUUAAUACCAAUCCAUUGUUUGUUGCAGCCCAUCCGAUUAGAUCUGAAGAUUUCUGCAAACACAGCUCUAGCUGGACAUGGGAUAUUUUAUCUAAUCAUUCACAUCUGCUACAUUAUCACUUAAACCUUGUCCUUAUUCCAAAGGAAAAGCAACUUGUUUUUUCCUCUUACAGAUAAUGGAAGAGGUAAUUAAAUAUUUUCCCGUGUACCAGAAUAAUCGGAUUUAUACAUGGGAGUAGAAAUAUUCCCAUUGCAAGUGCCUUAACCAAAACCAAAUGAGUUUAUGCCACUAACUAUUAAAUCCAGCAACUAUUGUUUCUUGCCCAACGUACCAUUUCUUCGGACUACUUUCUCCAAUACGUUACCUAAAUUAUCACCUAGUUAUAGAUUUUAGGCUUCGAUGUUACUCUUCCUCUGUUCUGAUUGGAUAUUUUUGCUAAUUUCUCUAUUUUUACUGCAGAUACAUUUCAGUUGGGGAAUUUCCACUGGUUUUACUUUCAUUUUGCUCAAUCUUUUGUUCAUUAGGUCCUAAAAGGCACGGAAGGACUUUGUGCCUGGGGACAGUGGUGAGUUAGCACGUGGGGAAAUCAAGGCAGUGGAUAUUGUUCUCCAGCUUUGGUGUUUGGUGACCCCCACACUGGUUUUGGUGCUGGUACUCUGUUUCUGGGCUUCUGGUAAGUACUCUGUGCCCUCAGGGCAGGAAAGAAGUUGGUAGAUUUGCAACAAGGAGUUUCACAUUUCAGUUUAAUUUUUUUUGUGUCUGGGAGCAGUGAAAGUGCCAAGUUGAGGAGAUUAAGUUCUGCAAAUUUUGUUAAAGAUGGGUUUGCAUUUGAAGGAUAAGCAUCAAGACUCAAAAGUUUUCUGGCUUUUCUUGGGAGGUUUUUGUUCUUCCAUUUGGGAUCAGAGGUAUUGUACUGAACGUAACUGCCGAUCAUUCUUGGGAAGAGCAGUAGUACAGGAACUCUGCAGUGUGACUGAGCUUUCAUCCAACUUUUCCAUGUUGUUUUCAUCUUAAACAUGAAUUGAUUGUGUGAGUUUACUCUUUGCCUGAAUGCCUUUCAGUCUUAUUGGCACUGAGGGCUGAUUUUAUUCAUUUAUGUAUGCAUUUAGUAUGGCUUUAUUGAGUCUGUUGUUGUCUGUUCUUGUUGAUCGGACGGUGAUUGCUUCCCUCUUCCCUUUCCCUGUGGUAGGACACCAGCUACUGCCAGGUGCAGAGCAGGCUGAAAUUUCCCUUCACCCUUUCUGCUGAGAGGUGGGAAGCUGGCACUGGGGGCUUUUUCAGCCCCCUACACUUGAAACUCCUUUGUGAGAGCUGUGCAGUCUCAGAGGAUCAGCUUUUCACAGUGUUUUUGGUGUGAGUGACUGCCUGACUUGAGCAAGAUGCUGCUGCUUCUGUGUCAGCUUCCUCUGACAGCAGCAGAGUGGCAUAGCCCAGCUCAACUCAGGCAGUAACACCAGGAAAGCUGUGAUUCCCACAAAAUGUUCCUCUAAAGCCAUCUUCACUCGCAUUCCAGGGCACAAGGCUCAGUCCUGCAUUUUCAUGAGACCAGGAGUGAAUCAAACAAAUGUCAAAACUGUGGUCGCUGCUGGUUUGAGUGAGAAGAGACAAAAAACAUCACAGGUGACCCUUGGAUCAAAGGCAGAGCUCCCAGAUUUGUGACCCACAUAAUUGCCAUGGCCUGGCAUGUCUACAUCAAGCUCUGUUCUUGUUAUCCCCAGGCAUCUGUACCAAGUGAGGCAUGUCCCACAUGUUGGGGUGUGUCUGUGUCCUGAGACUGCCUCUAGCAGAUCGAUUCUCUGUCAGAAUAUGGAGCAGAAGCCACCUUUGCACUUGACAAGUGAAAGGAGACUGAUUACACAAUGCAGCCCCCAUUUCAGAAUGAUGACCUAGACCUGCCAGCAGCCGUGGCCAGAGCCCGUCCCCAGCUGGUGGAGUUCCUCACUCACUGCCCCGACUGGCUGCUCUCGACUGCCCGGCGCUGCGUCCCCGAGGCAGCCCUGAGCAGCCUGGGGGACAGCACCAACCCCAGGGAAAAAAUCUCAGUGCUCCUGGACCUGCUGGAGGAGGCUGGUCCUGCUGCCUGGAAGCACUUUGCACAGUCUGUCUGCAUGGAGUAUGACCUGCCCCUGGAUCUGGAGGUCCUGCUCAUGAGCUCUGCGGGAGAAGGUAACUUCAGCCAGCCAGAAGAAUCAGGCACAGACACGAGAGCCCAGCCAUCUGUGCCAACAGGGUCUGUUCGCCGCCGCCGCUGCAGCAGCUCUGGGAGUGACAAAGACGCCAAACAGCGACGAUUGGAUGCAUUUGUGAAGUACCGGCAUCUCCUCAUCAAUUCUGUCCUCCAGAGAUACGGAAGCAGGAGAGCAGCAGAAGCACAGGAGCAAACACAGCCACUGCCUUUCAACCAAGCCUUUGUCAAUGUCGUCAUUCAUCAGAGCAAAGCCCCUCGCUUAAAAGAGAGAGCAGAGAAACCCCGAGAGGACAUGGCAGGUGCUCCUGAGGCAGAGGAAUGUGCAGAUACAGCUGUGAAAGUGUCAGAUCUGCUCUGUAGCGAGGCCCCGUCGCACACGACCAAGGUGAUCUUUUUGUUUGGUAAACCAGGGAUAGGCAAGACCAGGCUAAUGCACAGGAUUUGUCAGAAAUGGGCAGAAGGUGUCCUACCUCAGUUUCUCUUCACUUUCUUGUUUGAGUUUCGGCAGCUGAACUUGUUAAAAGGAAAAUUGACCCUGCAGGAGCUUUUGUUUGACAUGUUCCUUCAGCCAGAGGACAGCCCUCAUGCGGUGUUCCAGGCCCUCCUGGAGAAUGCCCAGCAGACACUGAUCAUCUUUGAUGGCCUGGAUGAGUUUGCAGCUAACAUGGACAUGUCAUCCUCCUCUAAGAGAGGCCCAGCUCUUACCUCCCCUAUGUCCAUAUCCCAGCUCUUUGCAGACCUCUGUCAUGGGAACCUCCUGCCUGGUUGCACAGUGUUGGUCACCAGCCGACCUAAGAGGUUACCCAACUUCUUAUUAUAUACAGUAGGUGUGUUGGCAGAAAUUGGGGGAUUUGACCAUGAGAAGGUGGAGGAAUAUGUUAGCCACUAUUUUUGUCAGCAUUCAUUCAGAGAACGAGCUAUUGCUCACGUGAAAAACAACACCAAACUCCUCAGCAUGUGCUUCAUCCCUGCUCUGUGUAACAUUGUGUGCAUCUGCUUGGAGUAUUUGUUCCUCAAACAGCAGAUGAGUGUGGAGCUUCCUCAGACUAUGACACAGUUUUAUAUCAAAAUGUUUCUCAUCUUCCUGAACAAGCAACGAGGAGACUGUACAGGUGAUGAAGAGACUCAGCUGAAUUGUAACAAAAAGGCCAUUUUGGGUCUGUUUGAUCUUGCACUGAGAGGCCUGGAAGAGAAGAAACUUGUGUUUUAUGUUAGUGAUAUUCCUGAGGAUGUGAAGGAAUUUGCUUCCUUGCAUGGAUUGCUGACUGUCUUUGAGGUGAAGACGAGUGGCACUUGCCCAGAGGUUGGCUAUGCCUUUGUGCACUUGAGCUUGCAGGAGUUUUUUGCAGCACUGUGUCUCAUGGUGAGUAGGAGAGUGGACAAGAACUACCUGAAGAAGAAAUUCUUCUUGAAGUCAAAGUGGACUUUAAAGAAUGAGACAAAGACCGAAUUUGUGGAGAGUUUUCACAUAUUUCUCUCAGGCUUGUCGUCAAGAGAGUGUAGAACAUUCCUCAUGCUGCUGGCAGAGCAAGAUGAAGCUUGGGUGCAGGAAAAGCAGGAUGUGAUCCUGCAGUCCCUCAGGAAACUGGCAGCCACUCAUCUGUCAGGGCCUAAGGUCCUUGAGCUCUGCCACUGCACCUUUGAAACACAAAACCUCGAAGUAGCCCAGCACAUUGGGAGCCUGCUGAAUUUCAAGUAUGAGUUUAAAAACUUCAGACUGACAACACUGGACAUGUCGGCUUUGGUUUUUGUCAUAAACUCGGGCCAGGAUUUGAUUUGUUUGGAUUUCGCAGGAUGUCUUGUGGACACAGACUGUUUGGAGGUUCUGGCUGGCUGUAAAAAUGUGGAACACUUGAGCUUUCGCAGCAGGAGAUGUGGUGAUGACUUUGCUGCUGCUCUUUCAAAGGGCUUACAAGGAAUGAGGAACCUGAAGAAACUAGAGCUGACAGGCGGGACCAUCACAGCUGAGGGGAUGACUAACUUGGUCCAGGCUGCAUCACAGUGCCCCCAUCUUGAGGAAAUAAACUUGCAGGGUAAUCGGAUACAGGAUCCAGAAGUGAAGAGGGUGAUGGACCUGUUUUCCAGAAUGGAAAAGCUGAAGAAAGUAGACCUGAGCAACAACCAUCUUUCCUUGAAAGCUGUUCUCAGUUUGGCAAAGGAAGGCAUCGUGUGUCAAAAUGUUACUGAACUCUGUGCCAGGGUGGACACCAUGAUUAUUUAUUUUUCUGGCACAUCUGGGAAAGCUCAAAGAUCUCAGGAUUUGAAGUUGGAAGAGAAUAAUGAACACAUAAUUCCAGCUAGACAUGUGAAUUUAUGCUUGCAGGAUCACAGGCUGUUUCCCCAACAUGCCAAGAUGAUUGUGGCCAUUCUCCAGAGCUGUCCCUGUCUCUCUGAAGUGGAUUUAUCAGGCAACAAGCUGGGAGAUGAAGGCUGCAGUUGUCUGCUGGAAAGCCUCCCCUGUAUUUCAAUUUCAAAGCAGCUGAAUCUCAGCCAAAACCACCUCUCUGUCACUGGCAUUUGCAGCCUGUUGAAGUCAGUAAAUACCUGCCAGAAGGUGAUGGAGCUGCAGGUCAGCCUUGGUCAUGAUACUGCAGUCCUGAGGUUUAGAGAAGACAGGGAGAUUGUUUCCCUUCUUCCUAGGGAAAAGCCUGUGUUCUCUACUGAUGACCAAAAACAUGGGGAGGAAAAUCAGACACCAACCACUUCACAAAAAAUAAGACUGACAGAGUGUAAUUUUCAAGCCAGUGACCUGAAGAAUGUGUGUGCAGUCCUGAAGGAGUGUGGCCACAUCUCUGAGCUGGACCUAUCAUGGAAUUAUCUGGGAGAUGAGGGACUUUUGCAGCUGUUUCAGUGCCUCCCAAAACUGAAAAUGUUACGUUCUCUCAAGUUCAACAACAACCAGAUCUCCCUCAACUCUGUGUUUUUCUUAGCUCAGUCAUUAACUACACUGGAACACAUUAAAACAAUGAGCCUCAGCUUAGGGCACACACAGGUGGUUCAUCUGACCUUUUGGGAAAGAGUCAGAAGUGCCAGCAGAUGGAGAAGUGGUUCCCUGGCACGUCCCAAGCAGGAAGCAAAAGGACAGUGCUUUCGUCUCAGGGACUGCAGGGUGGGUCUGGAGGAUGUGACCAGGCUGUGCCAGAUACUGGCUCAAUGUCCCCAGCUGACAGAAAUCGAUAUUAGGAAAAACUCCUUGUCCCCACGUUGUGCUGUUUUACUCCUCAACUCUAUCAACCUCUGCGAGCGGAUCAGAGUGGUGGAAGUCCGGUCAAGUGAAAAUGCCUUCUUGCAUUUAGGAGCAAGCAUGCAAAGCCCAAGGACAUCCUGCAGGCUGACAGGCUGUGCCAUUGCAGAAGGGCAGGUGGAGGAGCUCUGCAGCAUCCUGGAGCAGCACGGGGGGCUGGCAGAAGUAGAUCUCUCCAGGAAUCAGCUGGGAGAUGAAGGCCUGAGGUGCCUCUUGGACCACUUGCAUCGAGUGCCUGGUACCUGUUCCCUCAAUCUCAGCCAUAAUGGGAUUUCUCAGGAUGGAGUCCUACAUCUCAUAAAUGCCUUUGUCACAUCUAGAAACACCACUGAAGUUCAAGUCAGUUUGUGCUCCAAAGCAACUUUAAUCAUCAAGCUGACAAGCGGAGAUGACCCAAGAAAGAUUCUGAGACUGGCAGAGUGCAACCUUCAGCCAGAGCACUUGGAAAAGUUGUUCUUGCUCCUGGAAAAGUGCACUGGUCUGACAGAGUACACGUCCUCAAAUAACAACAUGACAAUCCAAGCUGCAGAGAGACUUCUGCAUUCCCUGAGGAAGGAUCAGGGGCUGCUGAAAAUCAGCAUAGAAGAGCCAUGGGUGUGCAGGGAGAGAGUCGAGAACCUUCUGGAGCUGGCUGCCCAGGCCUCUGGAAACAUUGCUGAGAUCAUGAUAUGUAAAGAUAAAACCCUCUUCCAAUUAGUCAUAAGAUUCCCACACUGCCUGGAGAAGACAGAAUCAGUCAUUAGCAGACUGAGGCUGUACAAGCCAGAAAUGAAGCACUCCUUCUUCCAAAGGCUUUGUGAGAAAUGUGCUCAGCUUCAGCAGCUGAGAUGGUCUCACAUGGAGCUCCAUGAGGAUGAAGCAGAAAUGCUAGGCAGGAUUCUGCUGCCCCUUCCAGAGCUGAAGACAUUUGGGCUGACCUCUAGCAGUGUUUCACCAGCUGGAAUAGAUUCUUUGAUCUCAGGCUUGCAGAAUUGCCAGGCCAUUGAAGAACUCAACCUGGGCUACAUGCACCUCAGCAGUGCUGCCAUCCCUGGGCUCGUGCUGGGCCUGUGUGAGAUGCCAUCCCUGAAAAGGCUGAGCUUGGACCAUAACAGCAUUGGUAAUGAUGGCUGCUCCAGACUGGCAGAAGCCUUGAGGAAAAUGCACAACAUAGAGGAAAUCAAUUUAAGCCACAAUGAGAUUGGAGAUCCAGGCCUGAUAAAUCUUGCUGCUGUCCUCCUGGAAAUGCAAAACUUGAAGAAAAUUGACCUUUCAGGGAACUGUCCUAGUCCUGCUGGAGGGGAAAAGCUGGUGGAAGCUCUUGCCAAUUGCAAGCACAUCAAGGAGUUACUGAUUUCAAAACCUGAUUGUUUCUUCCUCCCACUCUCAGAGUCCUUUGAAUCAGGCACAUUUCAGCACAGGUCCUUUCAGCACAGUCCCAGGCACAUACUCUCAAGGAAUGGUUUUGGAGACAGGACAGCAGUGACACUUGCCCUCUGUCUGCCUCACAUGACCAACCUGAAGAUCCUGCACUUCCAGAACAACAACAUCAGGCAGGCAGGAGGGCUGGAGCUGGCCAGAGCCCUGGCGGUGUGUGGGCUGCUGGAAGAGAUAAGUAUAGCAGAAAAUGACCUUGGGGAGCAGAGCAUCCAUGCCCUGUCCGAGGGGCUGCCGUGCUUCCGACACCUCCGGAAGAUCGACUUGAAAUUCUGUGGGAUCACUGAUGAUGCUUCAAAAUCACUCUCUCUUGGCUUCCAACAGUGCCCUUCCAUGGAGGAGAUCAUACUAUCUUGGAAUGCCCUUGGAGAUCGAGGAGCCCGAGAGCUGGCCAUUGCUCUCCCCAAGAUGGAAAAGCUGAAGGUGCUAGACCUGGAGAAAAACCGCAUAGGAGCCUGUGGGGCCACAAAGCUCGCGGAGGAACUUGCCACGUGCCCAGAAAUUCAGUCUAUAAGGCUGUGGGGCAACCCAGUGCCCAAGGGCCUUCCUGAGACUUUGACAAGCCAAGACCCAAGACUGUGUUUCUCCUUCAGCUAGAAAAGAAGAGCCUUGGCCUAACUAGGGUCUGUCUGCUACUGCCCUCAAAACUGCACUGAAGAACCAGGAACUCAAAGUUCCUACAACUGAAAACUGUAAAUAUUGGACUUUUCUUUGCUGCACUGAACCAAGUGUGGACACUGGGGUGUUUUUGUUUGGCUUGGGUUUUUGUUUUGUUUGUUUCUGUUGGGUUUUUGUUUGUUUGUUUUGUUUCUUGUGAUCUUUUAUUGUACAGAAGAUAAAAAUACUGUAAAUAACUGCUGCUAACAGGCAGUAUGGUAUUCUUGGUGUAAAAACACUGAAAGUCUCUUCAAGAGAAUAGAUUUCCAGAAAAUUCUUAGCAAACAGUGAUAAGAAUCCUUAUGUACUAGACAUUAUUUAUUUAUGUAUUGCCCUACAAUGAAAGGUUCACCAUCACCUCCAUCUGAGCUUCAACAUCAAAUUAGAAGUUCAAUACUUUUAGUCUUUAUUUUGAGGGAGGGGCAGUGAGUGACAGAAAGAAUAAACACCAUAAUUAAGUUCUCACACACAGUCCCAAAAAAGCAGAUGUAAGGUUUUCUCAGAGCUGUGAGAUUUUGGAGUCACCCUCCCUGGAAGUGUUCAGAAAAUGUGUGGAUGUGGCACUUGGAGACAUGGUUUACAGAUGAACGUGUUGGUGCUGGGUUAAGGGUUUGGCUUGGUGAUCUUGGAGGUCUUUUCCAACCUUAACCCUUCUAUGAUUUCAUUAUUCGAGGAUGAGAUGCACUUUCUCAGGCAUUCAGAAAGCCAGCAAAGUAAUUAUCCUUAAUCAAGAUUACAACACCUGCAGGAUGUUGCAGUAAAGGAAUACACAUCCUCCAGGAGAGAAUGUAAAAUUAUUUAUAAAAUUGAAAAUUGUUGACACUGUUACUCCAACAGGCUGCUUGAAAAUCAUCUGUAACUGUGUGAGAUUCCUCUAUGAUUUUUAGGAAAAAAGUCAUAGAAUGACAGAUUGAGUUGGAAGGGAUCUUAAAUACCUAGGUCCAACACCCCUGCCAUGGGCAGGGACACCUUACACUACACCAGGUUUCUCAAAUCCAGGUGACCUUGAACACUUCCAGGGAUGGGGCAGCCACAGCUUUUCUUGGGACAAGAAAAAAAAGGAUACGAAAAAAAAAAAUAGUGUAUGGUUUUGUAUUCUUCAUAUCAGCCUCCUUUUCACACAGAAUUGCCUCUGUUUUGUGGAAAAAAUAAACUUCAGGACAUUCAAAAUUUCGAGUCAUUGCCCGAAAAUGAUCAAUGUUUAUACUGUGAUAAAAAAAAAAUGCUGAUAUUACCAUAAAUUCCAAUGAGAAACAUACAAGGACUGAGCUUGGAAAACAACCUGUAAGCAAACCAACUGCUCUAUGUGACAGGAAUGUGCUAUAAUGACUAUUUUCUUGAGGGGUUUUGUACAGCUUUGUGGGGUUUUGGACUGGUUGCACCAACCUCUUUCAGGAGAAGUGAGGGACCAAUUAGCUGGAAAUGUUGUCCACAUGGAAGAUCCUUCAAGUCUCUACUCUCAGAGCCUGUGUGUCACUGGGCAGUGGAUGUUGGACCUGUGGGAGCUGCAGGGGGAAGAUCCCAAACACCACUUUUGCUCCUUAGAGGAGACAGAUGACAACUGCCUUGGGACCCCUGGAAUUCUGGCUUGUGUCAUAAGAGUGCAGCCACACUGUUCUCAUUUGUUACCUGGUGUUUUAGGGUUUUCUUUUCAUGUUUGUGCUGUAAAUAUUUAAA